AUGGCGUCACGUGUUGCUACGAGAGCCAGUUCCCCCGCUCCUGAUGAGGUGGAAUGCAUGGAUAUGGUUCAUCCAAUGAAAUCUAACAACAAUCUUCCUCUCACCAGCACCACUCCAUCAAUGCCUCCUAUUCUCAUCACUAUAAAUGGCAUUCCCUUCAAGCCACAUGUUCCCGGAGGCAGUUGAAAUACUCCUAGUCACUGCCCCAUACUCUGCUCGUUUGUCGCAUUCGUUUUGGGUAUCUGCUCAGCAUUGACAGCGCCGGCUCUGAAUAUAUGGAUCCGCGCUACUGGAUUGAUGCGUCCCUCAGGGCUUCAAUUCCGAAAAAGGGCUGACGCGAUACGGACAACAGACAGGCCUGUAGUACUGUAUAUGGCUCCGGUGCACAAACUUCGCCAUGAAGAUGAUCCUGAGGCAGAGAUUGAAGUGAAGACGUCAUUGCAGAACAUGCAGCUGAAAUAG